GUCGUGCCUCUGCCUCUGAAUGACUUCUGAAAAAUCCACGCUGGGGAUAGCCAGCAGACUGGCAGGUAGCAGAACGUGUCUGAAGAUAAGCUCCUCUUGCCCUGCUUUUGAGGUUUCCCUUAACCCGCGUCUCUUCCACAGCAGUACAGCGCGGGGAUAAAAAGGAAAUUAUUACAAUCAAGGAGAGAUUCGCAAGAAAGAACUGGAACAGAGUUGUUUUCUUCUGGGGAUUCCUGCUUCCGAUGUAACAGUCCUUGAUCACAGUACAGAUGGUGCUUUUGGAGAAGUGUGGUCUGUGUUCUUUCCCUGUUAUUGUCAGAAAUAUCAAAGUGGCCAGAGACAUCCCGAAGUGGGAUCUUCCAGAUAAUCCUGCUGUUGAAUGGGACACACAACUCCUCGCAGCCUUUGUGCUAAAGCAUAUAGAAGCCAAUAACAUCAACCUGGUGGUAACCUUUGAUGCAGGAGGAGUGAGUGGUCAUGCUAACCACAUUUCUCUUUACGCUGCUUUAAGGUACCUGCAUUCAGAGCGGAAGUUACCUGAAGGGUGCCGUGUGCUCCUGCUUGAAUCAGUGAAUCUCUUCCGGAAGUACAUCUCCGUGCUGGAUGUACCCGUUUCCUGCCUCCUGCCCACAGAUGCACUCUUCAUACUCACAGAGGAGGAGACUGAACAAGCCAGGAGAGCCAUGCGGUGUCAUCGCAGCCAGCUCCUCUGGUUUCGCCACAUCUAUAUGCUUUUCUCACGUUAUAUGAUGAUCAAUUCACUCCGCCUUCUGUAAAAGAAACGCCGCUCACAAAUUCAGGAGUAAAAGAAUGAGCAAAAAAAAGACCGUGUCAGGCCAAGGACUAAAGAAAACUCACCUGUUACGUGCUCAAGAGGACAGGAUUCUCUUUGUGUAGCAUUCUUUCAGACUACAAAAAACAGGCUGUAUGAACUUGCUUCUGAAUAUCUUGUUGCCUGAUACAUUAAGAUGAACAGGGUUUAACAACUACUCUAUCUUCUCACUGUAGAAGCUUAAAUAGGAUAAGAAAUUUGGAUUAACCUAAUUAGGAGUAAAAUGCAGGAGUAUUCUGCAUUGGAGAAGAUAUGGCACAAACUAUUUUUUCCCAAGAGGAUAUAGCUGUGAGGACUGCUUGGCAACUAUCUCUUGGUGCUUUUGUAAAAUCCAAGCAUCAGGAGUGACUUUUCAAAGAUCACGCUAUCACCACGGAUAAAACCAGAACCACAAGACCUGUCUUAAUUCAGUCAGAACCUUAAAAAGCCAAAGCUUAUGAAUAAAACAUCAGAAAUCAUACAAAUUUCUCUAAUUGCACUGAUCUUUGCUGCUACUGCUGCUGCUUUCAUACACAUUGUGUUGCAGGCUCCACCUUCGCGGAGUCCCCCUCAUGAAACAUGAGCAUUUCUUCUUGCUUCAGAACAUGGCACUCGAGAUCAACUCACAAGAGUCUCAACAGGACGCAAGAAUGAAGUGCAAGAGACCCAGACUGCAACUAGGUCUUUUAUAGAACACAUGCGGAGAUAAAAAUUGCAAGAGAUGUUUUAAAAGCUGCUCCACUUAUGUAAAUGACAAGUGCAAGAGUUAAAAGAUCCUCUCCCUUUAUGUUUAAAGGAGGCAUCUUUCCUGGAUCUACACAGCUAGUCACUGCAUAGUCGAGAUCAGAGCCCAAAUUGUCUGAUCUGUUGCUGUGAG